AGAAACUGAUAACGCCAUUUUUGUGUUGCUCCGAUAUUUGAUCGGAUUUUUGACUAUAUUUCAAUAAUUUUUAUGUAUUUUACGCUCAAAAACAAAGAAAAACUGUUUUAGACGAAAAAUGGAUCCCCCAUCGCCGCUUGAGGAAUAUCGCCGGAUUAUCACUGAAUUUUACGAGGAACUCUCCGAAUUGCUGGAAUCUGAAGACGCUUUGCAUGACGCCCAAUACAUCGUGCAUGCACAAAAUGUCUUGACUGAGCUAAACCAAAUGAAUCCCAUGGACGGCUCCGAAGCAACAGAUUUGCUCAUGUUACGCGGGAUGUUGAUGUUAUGCAUUUCUCAGGUCCAAAUUGACUACGAUACGUCCGAAACUUUCUCUGUUUUGAUCCAAAUGAAGUCAAUUUUGCUGAAUGCGCGUCAAGAACCCGAAAUUAUUUGGCUUUACUCGCACAACGCGUAUUUGCUCGGCGAAUAUUUCUUCGAAAGAGACAAUUUCCAUGCGGCGGUGAAGCAUUACAUGGAAGCGGAAGAAAAUAUGGCGGAAUUUUUGGUUGUAAAUGCCGGCGCGGAGCCUUUUGAGCUCGGAGACAUUUUAGAAACGACAACUGAUGACAUUUUCAUGGGAUUUUCCGCCCUGCGUGAUUGUUUAAACGAGAAAAUUUUGUUUAUCGGCAAGAUGAUGAACAAUCAAGACAUCCUUUUUUGCUACGGAAUCCCCGGAUUAACGGUUAUGUUGCAGGAAAACUACGAUCGGAGACGUGACAAGUUCGAAUAUUUGUUGGAAUGUCUCGCUUGCGUCACCGAAGUGUACAUUGAACGACUUUUCUUCCAUCAAGCGCAGCAUUUUAUUCGAUUUUUCGAAUAUUUGGUCCAAAAGUACGACGAAACAUGGCUCGAAACGAAUUUUUUCGCCAGUUUUUACAAAAAUUUGUUUGUAAUGUAUGUCGAACGAUAUCUCAAAGCCGUACGAGAUUACCGCCAAAAAUCCUCAUCCAUCAAGGGACACAGCCAAUUGUUCCACGAAUACUUUCAGGAUGAAGAAACCGACCUUUUGGGCGAUCAAUUAACCUAUAUUUUGGAAAUGGGCGAUUAUUACAUCGAAAAACUCCUCGCUACCACACACGACGUCAUGAAGGACCUGAAAAUCGAGAACCAUAAAAUCGAAAAAUACGGAAAUGAGUUGCUUGGAGAGUCAAUUUCGCCAAAAAGUCCCGAAAUUUGUGAUUUUAAGACAAAAUUCAUGCAAAAUUUGAGUUCUUGUGUCAAUGAAAACCAAAGAUUUGCAUUAUUAGCGAAAAUGGAGAUCGAAGCACGUUCCAUGGUCGAAGCAAUUGAUGAAGAAACUUCCGUUUUGUUCGAGGAAGCUGCGUUAAAUACUUGCGCCAUUGGAUUAUUGCUCGUCAAAGAUUUUAACUAUGACGCCCAUCAUGCCUCCAAAUGCAGUUCGAUACUAAAUCACUGCGAAAUGCUUGCCGAAACUUAUCGUCUCUUGCCAAAUGGAUUAACGAUCUUCAUGCUGUCGAAAUAUUUACAGGCAACGGCUUUAAUGAAGUCUGGAUCUCACGAAAACCUUAAAAUUGCAUUGCUCCGACUUAAAGAAGCCUCUUCCACAUUUGACGAAUAUCAAGAAGUAAAUUUCGGAGUCGAACCAAAAAAUCUUUUGGAAAUUUUGGACAUCCAUACAGACCGCAAUUCACGUUUUCAAACAGUUUACGCUGAAAUUCUCGUUCAUCGCGUUCGUUUGGCAUCGUUAAAGGUCACUUUGCUGCUCGGCGACUUUGAACUCCUCCAACAAACCGGAAUCGAGAACAUCAAAUCCGUUUUUUACCUUUUCGAUCGCAACCGGAUCAUGAUGAAACCCUUUUUGGAAGUUGUUCUUGCCUUUUCGUAUGAACUUUUGGAGAGAAAUCGCUUGGCGCAAGUCAAUCAUCUCAUCACGUGUGCCACUAAAGUCAUCGGGAGUUGUCCAUUUCGGGAGAAAGCUGAGUUAGAAGUCCUAAGAUUGUGUUAUUUGCAUACGUUGAUUUGUCAGUCGGUGGUUGGUUUGGAGGAAAAUUUGCAGGAAGAGAUGUAUUUUGAAAGGAUUACGGAACAUGAGGAUAUCGUUCGAGACGAUAACUUGUUCCCGUCGAAACUCAUAACGAAUUGUUAUGAGAUGCAAGAGUUGAUGGAAAAAGCCAUCAAAAUGGCAGAAAUGUUUGAGAAACGGAAGUAUUUUGAUAAUGAUAUCGUUGAAAUGAUCAAAAUUCAUUUGAUCGGAUUACAAGAGAAAGUUUUAAGUGUUUAAGAGAAUAUAUUACGAAAGAA